UAAAAAGAAAAUGCGCAGUGCUUAGCUCGACAGAGGGGGUGCGCUCUGCGGGUCAGAAAGAACACACCGAAACAGGAAUAAAUCCACCCAUCAGGCCUAAAAACUUAAUCUUUUCACCAAAUCUGCACUCAGUUCCAGCUUACAUCAUGGCUGAUGCCAUCGUCUCUGCGUUCUUUGAUUACGACGAAGUGGUGAGCAAAAACACAAAAAUGCUCAACUUCAACAACACCUUCAGUGGCCCCCCCUCUAGCACAGGUGUUACCCCCCUCAGUCCCCCUCCCACCGGCCCCCUGCUGGACAGACGGGCCGUGGGCUCGCCCCCCUCUUCCUCGGCCGGGGGACUCCACCAGCGGCGGCACUCUGCCAACUCCUUGAGCCUGCCGCCGCCCCCAGGGGCUCGUGACCCGCGCCUUCGCGAGCGCUGCUACUCCGAGACAGGCGACCGUCUUCGGGCCCCGGGAGGCGGAGGCGGCAUCUUGGCAGCCAUCACGUCAUCAGGCAUCGGGCAGGUGAACUCCAGCCGCUACAAGACGGAGUUGUGCCGCCCGUUCGAGGAGCACGGCGCGUGCAAGUACGGCGAGAAGUGCCAGUUCGCACACGGGCACCAGGAGCUGCGCAGCCUCAGCCGCCACCCCAAGUACAAGACGGAGCUGUGCCGCACCUUCCACAGCAUCGGCUUCUGCCCGUACGGCCCGCGCUGCCACUUCAUCCACAACGCAGAGGAGCGCUGUGGCCCCAUGCCCCCCAAUGACGGCCAUGGACGCGCGUCCCAACCGCCGCACCCAGCCCGUCCCCGCCUGCAUCACAGCCUCAGCUUCGCCGGGUUCCCCAGCGCACUGUCCCUCAGCCCCCCACCUUGCCUGGCGGCGGACUGGCCUAGCAGCGACCCCUUCUCUCUACCCAGCCAGGAGCUGGCCCAGCUGUUCGGGUCUGGCCUGGCCGACCCCCCAGUCCUGCGCCCGCCCACCGUGCCCUGUCCCCCCGACUCGCUGUCCGACCAGGAGGGCUACCAGAGCAGCCUAGGCAGCCAGAGUGGCUCCGAGUCACCCACCAUGGAUGCUGCGCGUCGCCUACCCAUCUUCAGCUGGCUCUCUAUCUCUGACGACUAGUGAGACAGAGAGAGAAAAAGAAUGAAAGGCAGAGAGAGAGAGCACUUUCCUCCCAGUUGUCCCCACCACUCCUGACCUUGUUUACAGAUGACAGAAGGACAGAGAGGUGCAGUGUUGUUGUAGCCAUCAAGUCCAAUCAGGCAGUCCCAACCAAAUCCAACCCACCCACUCCCUCAGCCCGGAACCCUGCUCUUUCUGAAGCCACCCCUAUCGCUGUAGACUCAACUGGUCACAAGGUUCCUCACAAGGUUCCUAAGGAUGGCAACAAGUGACAAUGAAAUCAUGAUCCCGGUGUCAUGUCAUUCUGGUGCCAAACUGAAAGCAAACAAGAGGGGAAGCGUGUCAAAGGUCCAUGUAGUCUCAUACCCUCCUGUGGGUGUGUUUUUUUGUGAGAAAAUAUGUGUGUGUGUGUGUGUGUUUGUGUCAGUGUGCUCAUUAGUGCCACUGCCCUUCAUGGCCCCUUAGUUUACCUGAUCAGUAAACCAAGAGGAACCAUGGAGAAACAUCAAGUGCCUUGAAAUACCCAUUCCUCUGACACGAAUGUGUGUGUGUGUGUGUGUGUGUGUGUGUGUGUGUAUAUAUAUAUGUGUAUGGGUACAUGGACCAGCACAACACAGCUGUCCUCUUCUGGCCAUUUUGGGAAUACACGCACACGCACUAAAAAAAAACCAGACUUCUUGAUUUUCAUUUUAAAACCACCUGGAAUAUUCAUGGAGAAAAAAGUCUCCGGUGCUCCGGUGCUACGUUUGCCAACACCUCGGCAACGAUCCCUAAAGUAUGUGAUGCCUUACACUAAAAGCUAUACACUAUUCCUUUAAAAAAAAAAAAAAAAAACAUUUUUAAUUACAUUUUAAUGGGAAAGGAAAGUUGGAUGUGAAUCAAAGUCAUCAAAUCUCCACAAUCAGGACUCAUCUACACCCCUCUUGUGCAUUUAAAGACUUUUUCACACCACUGUCUGUGCGGCCCAGAAAAAAAGAAAAGAAAUCCUAUGACAUUCCUCCCUAUGUCAUCACAUAAUACUCUAAUACUAUCAGUACUAUAUUAUUAUUAUUAUUGUUGUUAUUAUUAUUAUUAUUUUGUUCAGAAGAACUUUUGGAUGCAAGGUUUUGCUUGUCACUGCUUAUUUAACUUAUCAAAAUGUAUUUAUUGCUGAUUGUAAGCAUUUUUAUUUUGUUUGUAUUUAUCUGGAUCAUGACAAUAGAAUAUAUUUUCUUUUAUGUUAAAUUAUGAUCUUCCGUAUCAAUGGUGAGAUUGACCUGCUUUUGUUUUAUUUUUUCACAGUUAAUAUAUUAUUCUGCAAUGACAUUUUGUAACUACACUUUGAUUUUAUUUUAAAGUGAAUCUUAAUUUAAAGACAGAAUGCAAUAUUUAUUCUUUCAUCCCUUGAGGCGGACAGCAGUUCGAGGUUCUUUUGUGUCAUUGUGAUACCCGCGCUAUCUAUGGUUUGCCUUGAGUGGGGCCCACCAAUCAAAACUAUGAUUGUAAAACAUCCCCCUCCAUGAGAACCAAUCAACUCCGCCCAUACUAGUUGAGCAUUUAUGAAUGUAUCUGUGUUAUACCCCUGUCCCUCUCCCUUGUAAAAGUCCAAACAAGGACUUUGCCCAGAACACUGAAUGUAGUGUGCUCUUGUAUUUAGAUAACCUUCAAGCUUCUGUAAGCUGGUCAUCCUCUCCCUGCCAUAAGCAUGAAGUUAUUAUUAAUUAGCAAGAAGAAUGAAUCAUGUCUCCUCAAACUCUGAAGUGGGUCUUGAAACAUGAAAUUUAGCAUCAGACUUUUUACUAUGAUUUUGACAGUUUAAAAACACAGUAGAACAAGUUACUGACUUUCCUUUGUAAUUUUGAUUAUGUAGUAAAUCUGGACCACCUUCCGCAGCUGUUAAGUGCCUAACAACACAUUCCAAGGGCCACUUUCAUUGUGCCUUUAUGAAUUUUGUUAUUCAGAGCUGGUAAAUAAUUCCUAGUUGAUGAGAAUAAGGUUUACAACAUUGACAUUAAAAGUAUCUGUUGAAUGUCUUCAUUCUGCAGCAGUUCACAUUGAUUAAUUACUCUUUCAUUUUUCUGUAGUGACAGAUUGCAGUUUAAGACCAAUAAAAUACAUAUUUCUAAAAAAAAAAAAAAAAUGCUCCUUAUUUUGUCUUUUUGAGAGAAAAGACUGAAUGAUGAAGCCAUGGUUGAGCAAAAACUUGCCCAGUGAGCUAAAAAUAGCUAACUGCUAGCCAUUUUAGCCUUUAGCUGUAAGUGCACUUGUAGCACUAGCGACGCAAACCAUGGCUGUUGUGACACCACAAGGGGACAGAAAAUACCGGACAGUGAGACCUGUGAACCUCGUCAUUUUUUUAAGAAGGUAAAAUCUGUCCACGUAUACACCAAGAUUGGUUUCUACGUGGAUGUAGGAUAACUGAAGAAGGAUUUUCAGUCCAGCAGCAGCAGCAGCAGCUGUGUUGCUGACAUCAUGAGCAAACAACUGGGCCAGUGAUUCCACUGCAUAUUUUGACUCUCCCUGUGGCAACAGUCGGCCUUCCCAGACGAGCUGUGGACUCCCCGGAUCUGCGCUGGGUGUUAAGGUCACGCAAACCCCUGAUGAAACACGCCAAGAGCCAGCACUUAGAAGAGUUUUCCAGGAAAGCAAGGCCAGGAAGGUCUGACUGGGCCCGAUGGUGCAUCUCAGUGUUGAAGCAGCAGGGUGCGAGCUUAUUAACUCCUGUUCCCCCCUCGCAGAUGGUGCUCUAAUGGACUGUGUGUCAGUGUCGAGUGCUUUAGCGCGUACGCCUGCAACACGAGUGUUUGACUUCCCCGUGUUUGUUGUACGCUCACAUGAACCCAAGAGGUCAGGGCAAGAGGUUGGUUGCCAUAGUAACGGUCAGGUGAGGUUCGGACUCAUUUAGUCUGGCCCUGCUGCUGAUGGACUGAAGGGCGGUGGUGCGGGGGUAGUUUUCUUUCCUCACUUCCCUCCAGGCCAGGAUUCAUCCCCCUUUUAUUCUCUUCACAAGGAGGAUUGAUUCUUCAGAUAAACACUCACUGACUGUGAGGAGGGCUCAGCCGAAGGGGAGAAGUAAAUGCAAGUGCUGUCCUCUGUUUCACCUUUAUGACCACCACAUGAAACACAUGACGAAACACCAGGCCAUGGACACUAACGUGCAUCAUAAACCCUAACACUGCACUAGCACAGACACUGAUAUUAUAAACACUACAGUUGAUAUAAAUCACUGUCCACAAACACUGUAGUCAUCAUAAACAUAAUGGCAUUGCAAACACUUAAGUAAUCACAUGCACAGGAGUUAGCAUAAACCCUGCAGUCAUCACAAACUGUAUUGUUUAAAAAAAAAAUGUCAAUGACAUUUACAUAGUACAAAGGCCCCGCUAAUGGACUUAAGGUUUACUACAUUUAACUGUUUACAUGAGCUGUGCAAACAAACAACUCAUUCAUGGUCAUGACUACACCUAUCUGAGCUUAUCAAAGUUGACUUCAGCAUCAAGUGUUGUAGGAAAUACUGCAAAAUGGAAAAUUCUAUGAAAUGUUUUCUAUCGUAAUUUGUAUUUAUAACAACCACAGUAAAAAACAGUUGAUUGAAAAGCUGUCCAUCUACAGAGGCUACUACAGCGAGUGUGUAGUCAGGCAAGCUUAUGAAUGAACAAAAAUAAAUAUAUUCUCUCAUUUUG